AAGGGUUUAUGUUUUACCGUCCUGAUUGCAAAACAUCAUUCUUAUCACAAAAACUGUGUUAAAAUGUGGUAAUUUCUUCGAAAAAAUUAUUUGUAUAUGUAAAAUUACGAAACAUAUAGAAAAUAUUAAUUACUUGGUGGGUGAAUAAGUGUUGGGUAAAUUGAUGAUUUUUGCUUAAUUAGCUAACUGGAUGGUAUGUUGUGUUUUGUGUAAACUCAAAAAUCAGAUAAUUGUUCUCUGCUUGCGAAGAUAUAAAUAAAAUGUUUGUACCUAAUUAAAACAGAAUCUCUGAAACAAAAUAUAUACAUUAGCAUUUACAUAUUGUAUGUUUCCGAGUUGCAUAUUUUGAAGGGAGGUAUUAAUAAGCUUAUAUAUCCUAUGCUCUUCUUCAUAAACUUUUAUUUAAACUCUGAAUUGUAUAAACUGCAUUAAUAUAUAUUUUUGCUUAUUUAUUGAUUGGUGUUUUCUACAAGCAUCCUACAAUUAAGAGUCCAUGAAAGGUGGAACUAAAGAUGACCCAAAGACACAUCCUCAGAGGAGGUUUCUCUUACCAUGGCUGAAGUACUUGCUUGUUUUGUUGACUCUGAUAUUCAGGUCUCAAGAAACUCAUCUCAUUUUUGGGACCAGAAACCCAACAAGAGAGGCUCAAGACAAUCUGGAAAAUUCUUAUGGUAGAUUUCCAUAUUAUGGAAUGUUUACAAGUAUGGAUCAUGUAUUGAUGCAGCAAUCACUGGCAUAAAUGCCUCCUCCCUUGAUGUAACUCCAGCUUGCUUUUAUUGUUGGGCAGUCAAACGUUGACAGUCACUAUUGCAGAUGAUGCAGUAAUCUCAGCUUUCACCCUUUUAGGAUCACUACAGAAAUGGGGAAAACUCACUUAUCACUAAGUGGCAUAUAGUUUGGUUGCCAUAAACAGUUACCUGGUUGUAUAUUGCUUUUAGGCACUCAGGCACUUGUGGCACCACUGCAGAAGAGAUAUCAAGAUGCCAGCUGCUUGUUCUUGAGAUGCUUGUCAAUUGUCGAGUUGAAGUUCCUCUUGCUUUGAACUAACAGAAGAGUGACUAUUGCCUCUGUCUAGCUAUUCAUGCUCUUCAGAAAGGAAUUCUUGAGGUGUGCUUAAAACUUUAAGAUAUGUUUAGGUUGGAGAAAGAAGUCUCAGAUUGAAAUCAAUUUUCUCUUAAAAAUAAUAUGAAAAUCUGUCACCCAUUGUAUUUAUUAACUGAGUGUGGAAAUGGGGGGCUCUAUUGGUAUUACCUACUAAGUCCUUUUAUAGAUUACUAUUACUAGUUCUUGUAUAAACCUGCUGUCUUUCCAUAACGUUGUAUCUUCUUAGGCCAACACACACAAUCUAUUUCCCCUAUCAGGGGAUGCUUUGAACAUCUUGUUUCAAUAUUGUAAAUAAACAUGAUUGAUUUUUUCUAUAUGGUUGCAACUUUUGGUUGUGGGAGAAAAUAGAUGAUGUAGAGUAUGGUUCAAUUAUGGUUUAUUGGAUCGUGUGUUGAAGCAGCAGUGACUGGCAUAAUGCUUCCUGAUCCAUUAGGGAAUUCCGGAGCCUAAGAGUUGUUGUUGAAACAUGACAAAUAUCUUUACAUGUUGUUAUUAUUAUAGUGUGAUCUUCAUGGAUCAUUUCUUGUUUCUGGACAAAAGCUAAGAUAAAGAAAGUCGCACCAAUCAAAUAAUCCAUCCCUAUGGCUCUGGUGUUGUAGAGUAUACUUCAAAGUUCAGUGAUGGUUGUAAGGAACACAUUCUCAGUCUUGGUACUGGAAACCUAAGAGAAGAGGCUCAGAGGAUCUGGAAAAUUCUUAUUGGAGAUUGCCAUAUCAGUUAUGAAUGUUAAAAUGUAUGAGCUGUGUGUUAAUGCUGCAAUCACUGGCAUAAUGACUCUUCCAUUAAAGGAACUCCAGGUGA